AUGCCUGCUUUUGUUGAACCUAUUUCAUAUGCCGAAACUUUUAAUAUGUGUUUUAACCAAAAAGAAACUAAACAUUACGUAAUACCUGAUGAAGUAUGGUAUAGCGUUCUAUACUGUGGAACGCAACUACCACAGUUGGUAUACACCACCAUAAACUUAUUUUCUAGUCUUGCCAAUUAUUUCCAACUCCUCUACGUCACCAACUAUCAGCCUUAUCAUACUGACAAUAAAACUAAUUGCUUAAAAAAUAACACAACGAUCAAUAAUUUCAUCCUUUGUUUGGUUGAAACCUGGACCCCAAGUUUUAGUGGUGAAUGUGAAGACCUGAAUUUUAUUUCAAGGCUAACUUACUUUGACCUAAUUUUUAUUACAGUAAAAGUUGGGAGGAGAUAUCAUGAGGAAAGCAACAACAUUCAGUUAAUUGCGAAGAUGUACCAUUGUAAUGACAUUGGCUUUGAGAAAUUAUUAAGGGAAAUGCUUAUUAGGAUGGUAGAAAGAACAGAAGAAGCUAUACUCCAAUAUCUGAUGGAUGUAACUUCGACGAAUGUUCAUCUUAAACAAUUACCUUGUUACCAAAACGAAGAUUUGCACUGGGUUCUGUGCAUUGAAAGUGAUCACCUCAAAUUAAAAAUGUCACCAAGGAUUACACUGCACGCACUAUUUUAUGCAGUGAUGGAUUUCAUUCCACUAAAGGUCAAAAUUCCUAGAAUACUUAAUGGUGUAAGUCAAUCAGAUUCGCUUAAAUCUAAACUAUUUCGAUAG